CUUCCGUAAACAAGGCACCUGAAAUGUGGAGCUCGUGCACCGGGCUGAGUUUGAAUGCUGUUUUUCUCUCCUCAGUCCUGCUCUGGCGGUGAACGAUGUCUCAACCAGAAUCCUCUCUGACUCCGGAUCCCACAAAAAAUGAGCCAAACGCCCAGUGUCAGAGCAGCGAGAGCAGCAGUUCAGACGGCAGCGAGAGGGAGCGAGUGUUAAAGGAGGUCGGCCUCACCAGCACGGCGUUCAUCGGCCCAGCUUUUCCACCUCAAACCGACGCCGUUAAAUCAGACAUCGAAGACUCGCUGAGUGAAUUUUACAAAGAGCUGAAGGAAAUUGAACCUCCUGACAGUGCUGAAACGGGACAAGACGACCCGCCUCUGAAAACGCCUCCCAGUCCAGACGCUCAGGAUGGACUGGAGGAGAACGACGUCGACACGAGACGCUUUGACGAGGCAGACGGCUUCCAGAAACGUGUUGGGCGGAAACACACGUGGUCUCAUUGGUACCAGAACGAGCCUUACUAUCCCAGAAGACCUCGUCCGGAGUUUAACUCUGCUCCACCUGAGACAGGACCACCAGACUAUAGAUUUCCAAGACCGCCAUUCCCUCACCACCCUCCGUCACCUGCAUCUCUACAUCCACAACAUCCUCCAGCUCCUGUGGAUCCUUCCUUUGGUCAUCCACGCUUAACCAGCCACCCUCCACACGAGCCGUACUUCCCCCCUCCGGAUGGUUCCCGUCACCCGUCCUGUGACUUUCACAGAGAUUCUUCUGGACACAGAUACGAGCAGAGACUCGGCUCUGAUUCACAUUCGGAUCCAGCUGCUGUCAGCUGGAGCCGUCAGGGAACUGAACAUGAGCGCUCUGAGCACUUUCAGAGAUUUGAUUCGCUGGACGACGUGUGGGAGAGACGCCACCACUCCCCGACCCGCGACCGUUACCACGAUCCCUCAGCCCACCCCGACCUCGUCCUCAUCCUGAUGAGGGGGCUGCCCGGGUCUGGGAAAUCCACACGGGCCAGGGAGCUGCUCUCCACCGGUCCAAGCGGGGUCAUAUUGAGCACCGACGACUACUUUGCAGACGACGACGGAUACCACUUUGAGCCCGGCCUCCUCGGCGCGGCGCAUGAAUGGAACCAGCGCAGAGCUAAACACGCUCUGUUCGACGGCUGCUCUCCCGUCAUCAUUGACAACACGAACCUGCAGGCCUGGGAAAUGAAGCCGUAUGUUCAGAUGGCUUUGGAGCGAGGAUACACAGUGGACUUUUGUGAGCCUGAAACCAGCUGGAAGUUCGAUGCGUGUGAGCUGGAGAGGAGGAACAAACACGGCGUUCCUCAGGAGAAGAUCCUGCAGAUGCUGGAGCGUUUCUCCUCUCCCGUCUCGGUGGACGCCGUCCUGAACUCAGAGGAGCCGUCACACGUGCAGCAGCGCCGCCGAGCGGAUCGAGACCGCCGGCCCCCCAGGACCCGGGCCAGGACCGGGAACCAGCAUUACUGAGCAGGGAUUAUCUCAGCCGAACGCUUCGACUUGAAGGACAUUUUUUAUACUCUGGAAUUUUUCUUAAUAUAUUACUUUAUUGUACAUUGGAGUAAAACCCAACUAUUUUUCACUUUCAUAAGUUUUACAUAUUUGAUGAGAAGAAUAUUUUUGUAUGAGAUUUAUUGGUAGAUUGAUUUCAGUUAGAUUUAUUUUUCUCAGUGUAACAAAGUUGCACUGGUUUGAUCAGAAAUAAAAAUCUGAUAAUCUGGUGACACUU